UCGUGAACGACAUUUUAAAAUAAACACAGCUAACUGCUAACCGUUAAAGGGGCUGGCAACGCUGUGAGUGCACUGCGCCAAAAUACGGAUUUGUUGAAAGGUGUUGUAGAUAUCGGCAGCCACUGUGCAGUCUUUGUGCAUCGAAUGACUGAGGGCGGACAAAUUGCCGAAGAUGUUGAACGAUUUAACGCUGACGAAAGAAGAGGAAAACUAACGCAGCGGUGAGUCCCAGUCGGGGUUCUUUGGUCCACGUGUGCUUGGACCACUGGGCUUUGAGCUCAACUAGCAUGAAGAUGGCUGAUUCUGAAAAGUCAGAGGAAUUCAUUGAUGCAGAGGGCCCUCAACAGUGCCUUGAAGCAGCACAAACAGCUGCAACUUCUACUCAGGAUGAACAACUUAAGACUGAAACAACAAGUACCAGCUCACCACCUAGGGGAAAAGAGGCUGACAGCCCAUUGCAUACAGAGGGCGAACAGAGCAUUCUAUCAAUGCCCUGUUUGAUGAAUGAGCUUCGCAGAGACUCACAAGAGUCACAACAGGCAUCCACUGAAAGUGAGAAACCUGCCUCUCGCCAAGUCUAUGAGAGUGACUCUUCAAACCCUUGUAUGCUCUCGCCGUCAUCCAGUGGGCACCUUGCUGAUUCAGACACAGUCUCUUCAGGAGAAGAUGGUGCCCCUCCACCUGCUGAAGUGGAGGAAGGAGAAAAUACAGAAGUCUCUAAUAAUCUAGAAAAGGCAGGGGCCAAGCAAACAUCUUCGACAGCAUCAGGAGGAAGAAAAUCUCGACGGUCGCGUUCGGAAAGUGAAACACCACCCAAUGCAAUGGCUGCAAAGAAAAACCGCUGCCAGGCCCAUGUGGUUGAAGCUGCGGGAGGGCAGGAUAAACAGACUAACGGAAAACUGUCAAAGGUAAAAGGGCACCGGAGUCAGAAACACAAAGAGCGCAUGCGCUUGCUCAGGCAAAAACGAGAAGCAGCUGCAAGAAAGAAAUACAACUUGCUGCAGGACAGCAGUACAAGUGACAGCGAGCUCACGUGUGACUCCAGCACCAGCUCCUCUGAGGACGAAGAUGAUGACACUUCUGGAGGCAGCAAGACAAUCAAGACGGAUAUUCCAGCUGGCUUCAGACGUGCUUCGGAGAGAUCCAGAGUGGGCGCCCAGAUUCAUGGGCUGCUGGACACCGGUUCGUGGGACAGGAACGGCAUCGGCAGUGUUCUGGAGGAGGCCAUGACUCGCAUUGCUGUGAUGCAGCGCCAGACCGAGGAGCGAUUUCGGGUCUGGAUGGAAAAGCUUGCGCACCUUGAUUCAGACGACUCAUCCAAGCGCUCAAGCGAUGCCCCAGAGGGGCCGCAACACCAGUCCCAGGGUCAGCGACCGUCCCCUCCGAGCUCGUUUUUGCCAUCUUCAGAGUCCGCCGAGACAAUGGCCGCUUACAUGUUGGCCAGAGAAAACAACAGUCUUGCCACAAGGCCAAUAAACAACAACAACAAUAACAUUCUGUCCGACGUGGUCCCUCAGAAUGGAAAUCUUAGCCCACCAGACCCUAGUCUCUUGAAUGUUUAAAUGUCCCACUCUCAUCUUCCGUAAUGUAGUUUGUGCAAAACGUUUUGACGCUAAAUGGAGUUAGUUAAGAACCACUGCAGCUGGACUUGAGAAGAUUCAUCUCUGCACACCAUGAACUCAAGCAUCUGGCGACUCUGAAACACUGUGAGAUUUGACAUUGACGCAGAAACUGGACUGAACUCAAUACAUCGAAACCCAUGUUUUAUGAAUGGUCACAGCUGUAAGCGUUCACAGAAACCCAACCGGGGAUUCACAGUUCCCUUCAGAAUGUGCAUUACAGCAGCUGGACAGUCAUCAGUGCCGUGCGAGAUGAAGUGCUGCUACGUUUGAGCAUGUGCCUUUUCAUUCCGAAUUCACACUGGAGUUGAUGGAACAGUACGUGUUUUCAAGACCCACAUUACAAUAUUGUACUCUGAACUGUUUUUGCACUUGGUUUCUAAGUAGUUCCAGAUUUCCGAGUAUCAAAGGAGCUGUUGUUUUUGGUGGCAGAGCUUUACUAACAACAGAAUCAACUUCAGGCGAUCUACAUAAGAAAUCGCUCGUCUAAGGUCAACCAAGUUUAGAAAACUUUACUUUUCACGUUGGCCUUUCCGUUAGAUUGUGUGCAGAGGCUGCGGUUGGUGCAGCAAUGAGAAAUUAGAUUUUGAGUUAUGUGUCUUUUUAUAAGGCUUAGUCUCUGUUUUGGAAGUUGGCCACAGCAACAAAACCAUCUAAAUUUAACUCUUCUCUCCUUAUAGUAUUUUUUUUAACUAUUAUUUGCACUGGUCCACCGACUUGGCCUAUUUCUUCUCAAAGCACCGCUUGAAUGGCAGUCUGAUUUUAUUAAAAUCCAGGGUCUAAUGUUGGUCUCUACAUAUCUACAUAAAAAUUAUGUCAACUUAUGUCAUGUUAACUUUGUUUUUAAUUUCAUUUGGUGCAUGGACGGUGUUCAGUGAAGAAAUAUAUUGGUCCCAGAAACAAAAUUAAACAGUUUAAAUGUUUUGCGUUCUGCCGUUUAAAGUUUAAUCGGAGGAAGUCACAGGCCAGAUUGGUGCAUGCUGUAUACUUAGAUCUGUAUCUCUUGUUGUUAAGCAUUUCUUUUAUUUUAUUAGUGUAUUUUAAUCACGCUACCUCUAUAGAUCACUAGAUCUGUCAAUGAUGUUUUAAUUGUCGUUGCAGUUGAGUUUGUCUUUUAGUAUUUUUUUUUUGGUAAAGAUAUAGUGGUUUAAGUAAAGAAUCGAAUCAGAGUGGCAUCAUCCCGAUUUUGGAAUUUGUGGAAAGCCUUUUUUUUUUGUUUGUUUGUUUGUUUUUUUAAAUGUCUGCUAGAAGAGUGGUUAAUGUCCAAACAAGUCCAGUUACAUAUUUUGGAAAUGAGCGUAAAGUAUCUUGACUGUCCCGGAGCACCUCAGUGGUGGUGAUGUUUACUGACCGAUCUGUGUGAUCAAGUGGCCUUCUCCAACCCUGCUAACACGAUCGAUAGUCAUAAAAGCUGUGAUGAGGGAGUCUGUCCAAAUCAUAUUCAGAGUUAGAUAGCUACUGUGUUUUUGUGCAUAUUAAGCCUUAAGGCUGUGAGUUUUGCAGAACCGAGCGCUAAGAGCAUUGCUUCUCACCUGUUUGCAUGUAAUCAGUAUUUAGGUGUUUUUAUCUGCGGCAUGUUUGCAAGACGCUUUGCUUACGCUGAGAAAUGGUGACUGAUUUGUUUUUGUUUUGAACUGUAUGUAUAUUGGUGUGUUUUGUUUGGCAUCACACUCAUAUUUUGCCAGUUCUCCCCAAGAAUGAAUCCCAAAACUGCUGUAGAGUAUCUGACACCACUUUUUGUUCUCUAACUCGAAAGAAGCCUUCACUUGUGCCAAUUGUGGACAGUCUAUGUAAACAUAGACCAAAGAGUAUCCUGGUUUACACUUCUAUCUUUGUAACCCCAAGUUAGGAGUUAGUUAUUGACCUUUUUUCCUCCCUCAUAUCCUCCGGAGUUUGAUCUAUCCGUUAGACUCACCUGUCAGAGUAUCCAGGUGACCUCUCUCUCUCUCUCUCACACACACACCUGCACAGCAGUGUGUUUCUUCCAGGGACUUGUCCUACAGGGUACCAUGAAGUACAUGCUUCUCACUUUUUCAGAGUUUCAACUUCUGUCAUCCCAACACAUUUCUUUAGAAGUGUUUUGUAACAACUGUAUCCCAGUGUAGUUUUUAUGUGAAUGGCUGUUACUUUAAGAGCAAUAAAUGAUGCUGAAAAAGUUGUCUGCUAGUCUACUUUAUUGUGGACACAACAAUGAUUUUUUUGGGGUGUUUAAUUUGUCUAAAAUGUAACCAUCAUCUAAACUACCGCUAACUACAUUCCUCAGUACCUUCAAUGAGUUUCCACUGUCACACAACCUGUUAAUGAGAAUACAGUGGGAAUUGAAUGAAGCUGUUGUGUGUCCUGUGGUGUCAGUUGAUGAAGGGCAUGACAAACAAAUCUGCCAAUCGAGGAAUAACUGGCCUCAAGCUUUCUGAACAAACCAUCUCUUAGUCUAUUGGCAAACUCUUUUUAAGAGCCACCAGUUGGCAGUUCAGCUCUGUAGAUGUUUCUGUUUACUGAUAAGCGGUUCCUUUCUUUAUGCUUCUUCCUGAAACGUGUU